AUGGCACAGAAAUCGUCGAACACCCCGACUCCACUGCAGUCAAUAGUAGCUGGAGCUGCUGCGGGUGGCAUCGAGUCUCUCACAACAUAUCCGACCGAAUACGUCAAGACAAGAAAGCAACUUUUAGGCGCAUUCUCGCCAUCGCCCCUUCGACUUCUCAUCACGGCUGUCAGAGAUCAUGGCGUCGGUGUUCUGUAUACUGGAGCUGGGGCUUUUUGCGUUUCCAAUGCCUCGAAGUCAGGCAUCAGAUUCCUGACGUUUGAUGCGAUCCGAAACAAGCUACCUCGGGAUCACAAGACAGGCAAGCCUACAAGUUCAUCGAAUAUGCUGGCUGGGGUUGCGGCCGGAGUUGCAGAAAGCAUCACCGUCGUGACUCCAGGCGAAAGCAUCAAGACCAAGAUUGUUGAAGACAGAGCAGGCCCUCGCACAUUCAAGUCAGCUGGCGAUGCCAUGCGGUGGAUGGCUUCCAAUCAGGGUAUAAGUGGUUUCUACCGCGGAGUGGUGCCGGUGACAAUGAAGCAGGUGUCCAAUGCCCUCGUCAGGUUUACAUCUUACCACGCAAUCUUUGACUUGAUAGAACCUUGCUUGAAAGAUGCAGGCAAAGGGAGUCUCGCGGCUUCAAUAGCUGGAGCGUCAGCUGGUGUUGCCACUGUAUAUGCCACAAUGCCCUUCGAUACCAUCAAGACUAAGAUGCAGAGUGUCGGUACAGGUAGCGAGAAACGAGGAACUCUGCACGUCCUGACUUCCAUAAUUGGGGAAUCCGGCAUUGCAGGUUUAUGGAAGGGCACGACGCCUCGGUUGGUCAGACUUAGCUGUGACGGUCAGAUUCCGGCAUGCACAAACUGCGCAAAGGCAGGCCAGGUAUGCCUCGACGUGGAUAGCCAGAACUCAAACAUCGUCAUCCCUCGAAAUUUUGUUGGGGCUGCUCGCGCAAGGAUACAAUGGCUCGAGAACAUCAUCAGAGAACGUGCACCUGAUGUAGAUCUGCAGUCUGGCCCUCAAAUCGAGCAGGCACCAGAUCUCGGUAGUCGAUCAGUGGACGAGGGAGGAAACGAAGAAGGGGAUACGUCGACGACACCAGCAGCUACGAUUCCAAGUCCUGCCCUGCAAAUCAUAUCACGAAAGAGAUCGGCAGAGGCGUCUGAACAGCCCGAUCACGAUGGCUCGUUCCCUGAACGCGCUCACUCCGUCGCUGUCAACCUGGGCAUGUUGUCCCUCAAUUCAGACUCCCCCCAAAAGCAUUACCUCGGUUCGAGCUCCGGACUUCUCUUUGCGAAUCUGAUAGGAGCCUCGCCAUCAAGUACCGGAUCCACGCCGCAGGGUAUGGGUGAUAACGUCAACACGGGCGACUUGGAGUGGCAAGACUCCGGAGUGAGCGCAGGUCACAACAAGGCCUACUAUCAGGCUAUGCAUGCCUUUCUCAAAAGUGAACUACCUACCAAGCAAGAGGCUCUGAUCCUCGCUCACACAUACAUUCGCUGGGUUCACCCCGAUUUUCCAGUCCUGGAGCCCUCAUCAUUGUUCAGUGCCAUUGAUGCCAUCUACUCCUGUGUCUUUGAAUCUGGACAAGUAGAUGACUCAACGCACGGUUGGCCCAGCACCAUGUCCUCGUUCCGCUGGAAUGGACGUCUAGUAACUCCUGGAGUCCCGGAAGAUCACGGUGCGACCCUACCUGUGAUUGCCUUUAUCAUUUUCAUGGUGUUCAAUAUUGCAGCUAUUGUAAAGGUUCGGACUCGUGUCUACGAAUUCCCGCCGCAGAGGUUCUAUAGCGCCGCUGUGCAUUUCUCCAAGGAUGCCUUCUCACAGAUUUCACUUCCUACGAUCCAGGCUAUGGUUAUGCUUAUCAAUCAUAGCAUGCUGAUGCCAGCAGAGAUAAACCUGUGGACCCUGGUUCAUCUUGCAUCGGCUCACUGUGUCGAGCUUGGCAUACAUCGGGAGCACCACAGUGAACGGCCUGAAGACUUUGCCAUGAAACAGAUCAGGCGUUUCACCUUUUUUACGGUAUACUCCCUCGACAGGUCUAUAUCUUCCAUCCAGGGUCGUCCUCUCGGAUUCAGGGAUGAAACAUUUGAUAUUCAACUACCCGAGUCCCCACCACCGGAGGAUGAUGCCAUGAACGGGGCUAUUCCACACUCCUUUAUGGCAGCUGUUACUCGAUAUGCAUCUUACACGUACAAGCUUGACCGGAUUGUCUCCGACAUCAAACUGCACCUCUACCAUCUACCGGGGGAUUCCAGCUGGUUUCCUUGGCCGGAGAACCCAGCAGAACAUCAGCAAAGGAUUAGACAAACCCUCGACAGCUGGUGGCAAGAGGCUUCUCAAGACGAAUUCGACUUUCCGAGCCUUGACAAUCGGCAAAGGGAAGUAUGGAGACUGAAGCUCAGGAUAAAGUAUCACACGGCAACAGUAUUGCUUUUUCAGCCAUCCCAGGUGGUCAGGAAUCCGCCUGCACAAGCCCUCCAAACUUGCUUUGACAGUUCCUCAAGCAUACUGGAAGGCUACGAGAGGUUGCAUGAUCUCCACAGUCUUCAUCACGGAUGGAGAGCAGUGCAGAGCAUUUUUGCAGCCGGAGCUACGCUGAUCUACUCAUUCUGGACUUCGCUGGAAGUUCGCAAGAAAGCCUCUACGGAUGUAAUGUCCAAGAAUCUUCGGACCUGUUCCAGCCUCCUUACUAUCGGCGGCGAGUGGUGGCCAUCCGCGAAGAGUGGCCAGCGAAGUUUUGGCUCUGUAGCCGAUCUCACGAUGAGAAAGUUGUAUAUGGACGACUCUCCAUUCAAGGUCCCGCGUCUAUCUCAAUGCUUGACUACAGGAGGUCGCUCUGCCCGCAGGGUCGAAGAACCAGGAACAGAAGGUGAAGGCAUCACAAUGUUGGAGAAUUCUCAAAUUUUGGGUGGCAUGGAACAGCUUCCACUCGGACAAUCAGACGGGACCUGGCAAGGAAUUUCUACCACUUCUGAUGACGACCAGGGCAUAUGGCAGGGCAUCAACAUGGGAAGACCGGACUUUGUGCCAGAGAUUGAAAUGUUUUUGGCCGAUUUUGAUAGGUCAGAGUUCACAUGGAGUUUCCCUCUGGACGCCAACAAGGAUCUUGACCCAUUCGGAACGCACCCGAAUCCUGGUUUCUAA